ACAAGUCAGGGGAGCUCUCCUUUGAGAUACGUUCGCUCGACGCUGAAAGGCGUGGUGGGCGGGCUGCACUAGCCGGGCUGAGGCCACGCCCUCGACUGGGGUGACGUCGCGCGCAGGUGCAUCUGACCCACCUGCCUCUUCGAUCUGUAGUCCGUCGGCUGGAUGUGUUGACACAUCGAUUCAACUGUUUUGCGAUUAGAAUGGGACAAGUGCAAGAUCGGGAGCCUGUACAACAAGAGCGAAAAACUGACGCAUUAUGUGAUGUAUUCGGGCAGGGUAUCGCCUACGCCGCGCAGAAACUGAAAGAAUACCUGGGCUUCGAGGACCCGCAGAGUAAACUUCAACCCAGCACGGACACUCUGAACGAGAUCUUUCUCGUGAAUUUCAUCACUUUCUGUGUCGAGAAGGGCGUCGAGGAGCACAUCACCACAAGCAAGAUGACAAAGCAGCAGUCUCUGUUGUUUGGGGUCGACUGGAUCUGGACGCUUUUUGGACCGGAUAAAAGUGUCAGGCUGCAGUUCACGGUGCAGACGACGCAGCUCUCCGAUUCGGCGCUGAAGGAGAACGCGCAGCCGCCCGCUCUUCCUCCUGCCACAAACAACCGGACGCAAACGAGCGUCGAGGACGCGCUCUUCCGCGACAAGGGCAAAGUUGAGAAACUCGAGGAGUUUUGUUCCUUGAUUGGGGAGGACUGCGUGGGACUCUUUAUAGCGUAUGGACUCCCAGGUAAACCACGAGAAAUGAGAGGGGCGCUUUUGGAGAGCAUCCGGAAAUAUCGGCGGAAAAAGGCAAGUACGGACGAGAGCGCGGUGCGGGACUACUUCAUGAACACGGACACUUUCCUGUCCACACUGGAGAUGCUGGAACGGUGCUUGAAUCAGAAAAGCGGGCGCAGGGACAUUGGAAAUGUGUACAUUAGUUUCAUUUGACGUGCGUAAAAGUUGACCAUUACAGCCGCAAGGAAACAGUUUCUGGCAUCGUUUAGUUUUUUCCAAUUGUUAAGUGGUGAUAUAUGAGAUGUCUGUACGAUUAUCGAACUUUUGGGGCAUAAUUUCCAUUGCUGCCCAUUAGGGAUUCUCGAACGUAUUACGCCAAACGAACUUUCGGGUUCACUAAAUUAAAAACAAAGACAAUUAAUGGCAAAGAAAUGUCAGUGACAAGCUCUGGGUGCUGCCAAGUUAACCACAGAAUUGGGGCAUCCAUAGGACUGUCAACAUUCAGUACAGUAUUUGAAAUACCGAACACAAUGUGUUGACAUUUCUGAGGAUAUUUAAUCACUGUUUAAGUCAUGUGUCAAUAGAACCACUGUUAGGAAUUGGCUUUGCCGGUAUUAAGCGCCCUAUUUAUUGUCGACAGUGAUUCUCCAGUUCCAGCCUUAGUCAUUCAGACACCUGUGGCUAAAGAUUUUUAUUUCGAUCAGUUCUCAGUGUAAUUUCUUUCUUUUAAAAUGGAUGUACUGAGAAACAGUUCAUACAUAUGCAUGUAAAUAAUAAAUGUGGGUGUGUGUAUAUAAUAUAAAUGGAAUGUUUACUUUAUUAAGAUUUUGUUUGACAGUCUUAAAUGUUUAUUUAAGAAGUUCCCGGCUUUUGAGUACACAAAUGGAAGUCAAACCAAAGAAGCUCGUUCUUUCUUUCUUGUAAAUGUUUAUUUUAUUUUCAAAAGGAGAACAUUACAAUGGCUUACUACUCAAUCAAACAACUAAUAGUAACAUAACCAAUACAACCAUUUACAUGACAAUCAGAACUGAGAAAACAAGAGGAAAAAUAGAAAUACAAAGUUAAAAAAAAAAAGGUAAAACAGGAUUCCCUCCACCUAAAAAGAACAGGAGCCCUUUUAAUGUUCUUCCUCAGUUGGCACUAUAUGGAAAUAAAUAAAAAAGUCACCUUUUCUAGGGAGUAGCACGUUUAAAAAAGGAAAAUGAACUAAUGGUCUUAGGCACUAGGGGAAAACAGUGUUUAACCUUGCAAAAAAUCACAACACUUUAUUUUUUAUGCAUUUAAUUAAUCAGUAACAUUUAUUUGAAAGUAGUUGAUCUUUUGUUUUAGAAUAUGCUGCAAUAAAAUAUGUCACUGAAGGCACCCUUCACAAGCAGUACUCUGAACCACUGGCCGAAAGGGAGGACCUCGAACUCCAUUCCUGAGGGACUUUAAAAGUUUGACAUUUGUUCUAAAUAAUUUCUCAUUGAACUGUGAAUUCCUUCUGUUAAUGGAACUUCAAAUUGACUUAUCAAGAAUGAAUUUUUCACUUUUCUAUGAAAUUCAGAAUGACGAUCUUUUUUAUAACCUACUGCUGAUGAGGUGUUUAUACAGUUUCAUGCAGGGAAAAUGGCAAAUGUGACAGCAGAUUUUAAAUGUUUACAUUUUGACCAAAUUGUGUAACUUGUUUUCUUUUUCUAUGAACCUGUUAGGUUUAGUUUUGUCUUCCUCGAGAAUUUAACUUCCGAUUUGUACUGUUGUGACAGUGUGUGGGCAUAUAUGUAUGUUUGCAUGUA